UGUAGGCACAUGAAAAUACACAGAAAACAUGACAAGGAUUGAGAUUCGUGAGGACAUUGGGAAAAAAAGUUCAGGUAAUUUAUGUUUCCAAUAGGGUCCCAGAGACCACCGUUGGUCCUGAUUCUAACACAAGGAAAGGAUUCCGGUUGCUGUACCUGAAUACCUGGAACGCUCGUCCUGUACAUUAAAAAUUCCUGUAUAAUUCUUACUGCAUUUGCUUUUGCACGAAAACCGAAAGGGAAAGAGAAUUGCAGACCCCUCCUAUGUUCAUUUUCUACCCUUCGCUUUACAACGUAUUUUCUUUCUACCUGUACCAAUCUCACCCCAACCAAUUCCUGUAGGAUUCCAACUGAGAUUUUUUUUGUUUAGCAGCCCUGCAUGAUCAUAUGUUACCCUGCAAGGACAUUUGAGAAAAAGAGCGAUAGAGACAACAGUAUGCAUCUGUCUCUAACAUAGCCCAGUAUCAAGGCUUUAUGGGAAUAAAAGCAAAGUUCUGAUGAACGUACAUAUUAUUCUCAGUUUGACUGGCUUGAAGUGUGAAAUACCGGGAACUGACUCGUGCUUUAGACAUGGAAAACCAUCAUUCUGGCAUCAAAUCGAGGUUGAAUCAAAAUUUCAACACACCAUCCGGUAAUACAGUGUCAUUUUAUCCGAAAACCAGUGAUCCUUACAGUGCAACAGAAUCGGGAUGGCAAACUGCGGCAAACACAUCUAAUCAAUCGUUGGAACUAUCGAACGCUUCAUGCAACGUUGAGAUGGAACAAUCAAAAGGCGUCAGUACGUGUUCCAAUGUGGCACAGCAAAAUACCGGGAGUUUUGUAGAAUCCGUUGAUUCAAGUGGUACGAUCGUCACAUCCAGCUGUGUUUCAGCGGAAAGCCGAGUCGCAUCAACAUACCACCAUUCGCAGACACAAUCAGUCUCCCUGGUUAAAAACACGGAAAAGUUUAAACGUACAGAAUCUGCCGUCCCAGGUUCAGGAUCGGCCUGUUGGGCUCUAAUCGAAUGGGAAACUUCAAACGAGGAACCGAGUUCGUACACGGUGAUAGACUCAUCGCAGAUUGUGGAAAUUUCACGUGAAAACAAUCGCUCAGACGAGGAGAAUCGACGGCGGAUGAGAGAUUCGGGUUUAUACACCGGAAAAUUAAUUCACGUGCUACGGGGCAGAUACAUUAUGCCGGCAACGAUCGUGAUCAUAUCAGAGGACAGAAAGUUUCUCGAAACGGAGCUGCAUGAGUUACGAAUGAUGGCAGCCAACAAUUUAAUUGCUAAAUCAGUCACCCCGACACAGACUUAUCGAGAGCAGCGGAUGCUACAGCCGUACGGCAGACCUUCUCAAAGUGGCGCAAUGCAAACGAAGCAGAACACAACUCCAACUUCACCGGAAAAUACGAACAGCUCUAAACGCCCGCGUUGCGAUUCUGGUUCAUCUAGUUCGAUCAAGGAAAUUGAAUCUAAGGUCUCAUCUGCGUCCGCUCAGGAAUCUGUAAAGGAAGAAGACUUUUCCUACCAGAAGGCAUUACCGCCGCUUAGAUCGAUGGUGGCACGCUUCAAUAGGAACGAUCCUGCACCUAAACAAGCACCUCCGAUGACCUUUGAUCAGCAAACACAAACCACCGGCUUAUCAUCCGACGUGACUGCAUCGAACGACGCGAACUUCGUACGUAUUAUGUCUUACCUCGAAAGCAUCAUGGCGGAGCAAAAAGGAUAUCGGAUGGAGAGCGAAUACAAUCGGAGACUAUUGCACGAACUGCAAGAGAACAUUUGCCACCAACAUGAAACGCUACGGAACGUUCAAAAGCAAGUAACUGCAAUGAAACAAACCAACCCAACGGAGAAUCCCGAAUGGCAAUCGAAACAGUCAUCCACGUCUGAUUUAAUGGUUGCGGAGAUUGUAGGAGGAUAUUCACCGGAACCUGGAGUGGGUACGAAUACCAUGCUAAUAGAUUCCUAUGAGACCACCAGCAAGGAUCACAUCGUGCUGAACCAUGUAACUGACUCCAACAUAAAAUGGGAAACAGAACAAGAACAGCAAGGCUGCAACAGUAACCAGAGAUCCAACACAAACAAUCAGAUCGAUGAUCUCGCCACCAGAAACAGCACCACCAUACACUUCAUGGACAAAUCGACGAAAGUAUCCUCCGAAGCUUCCAUGUUUAUUGAGCUCAAAAAUCAAGAUGAAACCGUUGGCUUGAGUAAGGACCAAUCUCGCUCAAAUUCUGCAACGACGGUGCAGGAAUUGAUAAACAACGAUUGGGAUGAUUCCAUGCAGGAAACUGAAAGUAACAACAACCAGAAGAAAACUGUCCCCAACACAACGAUGGUAGCAAUCGGUAGCAACAACACAAUGGUGUCUAAAGCCGUGCUCGAGAAUAUCAGGUGGGUGAGCUACAAGUUUGCCACGCGAAAGGUGCUGCAGGCAGUGUUUUCACGGGAAGUUUUGGCAACGCACUCGCUCAGCGGAAGACCCUGUCCGGUGCACGCAUCGGACGUGGAAAAACCGGUCAAGUGUCGGCUUGAUCCGAAAAUGGUGGCUGAUGUUAUAGAGCUAAUUAGGAAACGGUUUAAUGUAGAUGAAAGCCAUGUGCGGGCAGUGAUUACGAACAAAUGUGCGGAUGAGAACAAAAUGUUACGGAAAAAUAAUGGGACUGUAACACAAUCGGGUAAAACUAAACCCGGCGUGACCAGGACAAGAAAGACGCGUGAUAAGGAAAACGUUUCUUCGGUACAAACGGAAAUUUGUUUGAAUUAAGCUGUUCUCUUUCAAAAGGAUAAAUAUUUAUAUAAACUAACUCACCUGUUAUAAUAAAAGAGAUUUCCCACAUGGCAUCUGCAUAUUGCACAUAAUAAAAUUUGAUUCAAACUAUUUCUUCGAGGCCGAUAUCUGUUUGAUUAUUAUAAUCUGCAACAAAGAAAUAUGGUUAUAUUAAAUAUGGAAAUAUGGUAUGGUGUCAAUUCCCGGAAAUUGAACACCUUUGGGGGUUGUUUUCUAUAGGUCAUUGGUCACGUCUUGGAUUAUGUUGAACACUUUCUUAGCCGUCUGCAGUUUAGGGUCUUAUUAAUGGAUUGAAGAUGCAGAGACUUCGGUUUUUGUAGAUACAUUCGACUGUGUACGACGAGCAGCAAGGGAGAAGCCUCAGUAAAGCUGUCUCAAUUAUCGACGCUGUGUGCAAGUUGUGAAUUCUCGCUCUUCUUGGCUUUAACGACCUUACAACAGGUUACGCCGGCCAUUUCUGGCUUACUAGACUUCUUUUUACCAGAUAGCCGGAUAGUCAGUCCUUGCUACGGGGGUCGGUCCAGAUGGGAUUUGAACCCGGUCCGGCCGUAUGGACUGGCGCCGUUUAUCACAUGCACCACCCGCCGCCCCGAAGUUGUGAAUUAGACACAUUAUUGGAUAGCCCACUAAAGACACUAAAGUCGUACGUAACUAUGAAUAAGUGAAAGAUCCUACCCGUUAAGUUAUAUUGGACCGUCUUCUAGCACAGAGAUACCCUAGACUGAGAUGAUCUGAUAACG